AACUACAUAACCAGUAAUCCACACGAAUGAAAAAAGCUCCCAUAAUAUCAAGGCAUGAUAGUGCACCGAUCAGUACAUUAAUCUUCAGGCACUGUAGAGCUUGAAUAUGAAGUGUAGUACUGCUCUAUGCCAAUAAUUAAACUCCGUUUUUAUCAGAUUGAGCAUUGCCGGAAUGGGAUGCAGAAUUUGUCUGUAACACGUUAGGUAUACAGGAACAAAUGCAGUCGAAAUAAGUGUUGAUCAAGCAUUAUAUAUGCCGUGCCGGGAAUGGGAUGCAGAAUUUGUCUGUAACACGUUAGUGUAUACAGAAAAUAAAAGCAGUCGAAAUAAGUGUUUGAAUUCUAAUUAUGACGCCCAGUCACGUGCCGACUUGUCAACACAAUCUUAGACUUUGGAACCUCGAUGGACGUUCGUCUUCUACCAAGAGUACUCUGUAUCUCAUUCAUGUGACCGCAAUAGACCUAUAACUAUAGUAUAAUCAACCACGAGAUAUCUCUUUCGUUGCGUUGUGUUGAUUGUCAGGAAUAAACUACGGUUUAUGGUUCGUUCAAAGCGGAUUUGGCAUCAGGAUGGAGGAAAGUGAGGAAAGGAGCGCCCUCUACGAUGGGGCUUCUUCAGACCUAAAGGACUAUGCAUCUCACGAAGCACCCCCUCUACCGGACCAGGAUUCACCCUUGGCUAUAGUCAAAAAGGUAGAAACAAGGCGAACUUGUCGUUGCUGGAUCACCGUAGAGUUCAUAGUUAUCUUGGUGGCUGCUAGCUAUGGUGGCAUAUCCACACUUGGCGGGCAAUACAUCAGGUUUCGCGUGAGCUCGGAACUCUACGGCAACGCAACCUUCAAUGGCUCGCAUGACAGCGCCUGUGAUCAAGGCAACUCUACCGCGUUCAUCGAAGGGGAGAUCCAGAAGAUCACGUCUAAAUGGACGCUUUAUCUCACCUGCUCCGCUUCUCUUCCAAGCAUCUUCACGACAUUGCUAAUCGGGACCCUGAGUCAGCGAUACGGCAGAAGAGUGUCCAUCCUUCUGCCAUGCUUGGGAUUUCUCGGAGAAUGCGUUGUCAAGCUUCUUGUAAUAAACUUUGAACUUCCUCUAGGUUACCUCUUCGUUGGCAGCAUCUUCUGUGGUCUUUGUGGCAACCUGGCCCUUUUCAUGACAGGAUGCUUCACCUACAUCACCGACAUAACCACAGAGAAGGACAGGAUGAUCCGGAUUGUCGUUGUGGAGAUCCUCAUAUUUGUUGGGAUAGCAGCAAUGCAGAUCUGCCUCGGGUACAUGAUCCAUGCCCUAGGUUUUGCUCUGAGCCUUUGGGUUCCGUUCACCGCCCUCGUCCUAAGUAUCAUCAAUGCUGGGACACCAUGCCUCCUGGAAGAGACUAUUACCGAUGACAAAAAGAGGGAUACGGCUGAAGUACUCAAAGACAUUGUUCGUCUGUUCCGAGUCAAUACAGAUAAUCGCCUCUACAUUCUGAUUGCAAUGCUUGCUGUCAGUAUACUAGUCGGUAUCGUGAUUCAAGGUGGUAUCGCGAUCACAGUGCUCUAUGGCCAAGGGCAACCCUUCUGCUGGGGACCAGUCAUGAUCGGAUACUUCGUCACAAUCUCCCUCGUGAUACCAGGAAUUGGAACUGUAGCCGGAGCUGGGAUUUUUCAACGAUUGAAGCUAAGCUACAUGUGGAUCGUGCAGGUCUCGACUAUAAGUGGUUUAGCUAAUACCUUAGCAUUGGCAUUCACAUUUGUCAUACCGUCAACUGUCCUAAUAUUUGCAAGUACGUUCCUUGGGUUGUUCAAGCUCCUAGGACUGCCCGUAAUUCGUACAUUCCUCUCAACUGUAGUGCAGAAAAACGAACAUGGCGCAUUAUUUGCUGCUUUGGGCGUCUUGGACGGCCUUUCUGCCUUUCUCGCCACGCCCAUAGUAAAUGGAAUAUACUACGCUACUAUCGAUCUCCUAUCAACGGUUGUCUUCUUCGUGAUGUCGGCACUGUUAAUCAUACCAAUCAUCAUUACCGGUGUUCUACAAUGCAAGGGUCUCGGCAAGGUUGAUGGAAGGCGCCCUCUAUCGAUUAAUACAGAUGCUGAUGAUGUCACAGAACCUUUUCUAUCAAGUGAUGCCCCAAAUAGAUGAAAAUGUGUUAUGCAAUUUAAUUCAACUCCAAUUAUUUACAUAUUUCAUUGUAGCAUGGACAGAACUAUUAUAAUUUUGGGGGAUCUUCAACGACACAAUUCAGCAAAAUUUUUGCCAUUAUGCCACGACUCUGUGAUUUACUUCGAUAAAGCACGAUUUUGCUCUUUCGAAUAUUAAUGUUUGUUUAAGAAACUCAAUUGAACUCCAAUAUGAAUAUUGCACCACCCCAAACCCUCAUCUUCUCAUAUCUUGCCAGAUAUUUCCUAAUUCAUAAUGCUGCAUUCUUUGCAUGGUCACCACCCCCACCACUGCGAAGCACAUUUGCUGUAAUGCCCCCCC